CCUCGCCUCCAUGUUAAUCAGAUGUUGCCCGAGCAGGGCUCCACCGGCACGGGCUUUGUCAUGCGCUUCUGCCGCUGCGGCUGCUGCUGAGACCGUGUGGAAAAGUGCGCGCUAGCUCCGGCUGCUCUUCUCGUAUUUCAAAUAAACUGUAUCGACUAAGCGAAACAGAUAUACCGGAUUCGUUGGUGCACAACGCGGAUAUAGUUGACAUAUAAAUUGGCAUUUAGACUUUUAUUCCGGCAUUGGGCCAGUCCAGUUGGUCCAGGCGCUCCAUGCAGUCCCCGUACCACCUGCCGCACCCCCUGCCUCCUCUACCCGUGCGCAAGGGGGUGCGAGGGAGGAGACCCAAGAGCCAGACCAUCGCCAUGCUAAAGGCAGCAGCCGAAGCUGCAGCAGUUGCAGCCGCCACGUCACAGAACGGCCAAAUGCAGUCCAACACAGCCAAGAAUCCCAUGACUUCACCGCUCACAUCAAAACCCUAUAAAAAGAGAGGCCCUAAACCCGGCAGCAAGAGGAAACCGAAGGUUACUCAUUCACUAUCAAGCCCCACUUUGUCCUCUUCAGUGUCAGAUGGGAGACUGUCUAGUCUGCAGACAACAAGAGACUCGGGUGUCGUCUCCACCGUUUGCGUGUACGUGAAUAAACAUGGAGACUCGGGACCGCACAUGGACCGCAAGCUGUUGUUGCAGCUGCCGGAUCAUUUCGGACCGGGCCCAGUGAACACGGUUCUGCAGCAUGCGGUCCAAGCCUGCGUUGACUGUGCAUUCAAACCCAAAGCCCUGUUCAGCUUCCUGCAGUCUCAGUCUGAUGGCGGGGAGAUCAUCAGAGUUCGCUCUGAUGGAGGGAUACACUACGUCAAGCUCCCCACGGCCUCCAGUGCAUCAUUUGUUUUGCGGUUUCUAGAAACUCUGUGUCACCACCUGCAGUGUGACAACUUGUUCAGCAGCCAGCCCUUCAGUCCACUUACUAACACACACAAUUCCUACGACAGGAGCAAGUCAGUGAAAGAGGAGACAUCAGAAGCUUUGUCCGUAGCGCGGGGUACGAGACGAUUCAACAGAGAUUCGGCUUCUUACACUGCUGCUCUAUCACCUAAACUACACAGAACAGAUGCUCUACCCUCAGAUGACACUGUGGCACAUGCUGAAAAUGGUGCCACUACAGACCAGCAGUUCUCAGAGGAGUCGAUGGACACAGCUUCUAAUUCAGUCGCCCCACGACCCUCUGCGCUACGGAGCACUUCUGAAUAUCACAACCCGGCCGGGAGCAGCCCGCACUACCCCUCUCACCCUCCACUCCUCCACAGAUUCACCUCCAACCCCUCUGAUCUGGGCCCCGCACGCGCACACAGACGAGUGGAAGGUAGGCUAUCUGCCAGCUCAACCACUGGUCCAGAUCAUCAGGCCGUGGAGAGGGAUCUUUCCAGAUCAUCCAACAAGAGUCCGUCGUCUUGGAGUAUAGAGGAAGUGAUGCAGUUUGUGCAUGAAGCCGAUCCUCAGGCGCUGGGCCCACAUGCAGAGCUCUUCAGGAAACAUGAGAUUGACGGCAAAGCCUUGAUGCUUUUACGGAGUGACAUGAUUAUGAAGUACAUGGGGCUGAAACUAGGCCCUGCUCUCAAGCUCUGCCAUCACAUCGAGAGACUCAAACAAGUGAAAUAGUAGUUGGUUGAGCAAAUGCAUACAGUCUCCACCAGGGGCAACAGAGCAAAACGGAGGUUCACUCCAGUUCAGAGUUGAUACCAGAAACUUCACUGGAGACGUGGGUUGAGGGUCCAACAUGCUGACCCAUUUCACAUGAAGUCCCCUACUCCAGUGGGUAAAUACAGUGGGGAAAAAACAACUGACCUGUUCAAUAUUUUGUAGCAUAAACAAAUGCAACCAUUCACAUCAGAUCUGACGGUCUAAUUCUGCUUGGACAUUGUGUACAAGCUUUAGCGAUGAUCACUGGCUCUAUUCAAAUAAAAAAGUAAAACUGCAGCUACAGACUUCAGUACCCCAAUGAAGUUCUGGUUUACAGACUAUGGUGGAAAGCUGAAUCCAAAGGAUUACACAGUGUUGUUUAUGUAUUGUGUUCUGGUACUGUCUACAUGCACAGACAAAGUCACAAAUGUUCACUUUCCACUGUGGUUUAUUCUGUUUACAUCUGUUAAAGAUGUAUUUGAAUUUAAGUUUUUUGGAAAUGAACUACUAAGUGUUUUGGUGCCGUUUAAUCAAAUUCUAUUGUUUAGCGUUUGUAGCAGUUGAUUCAUUGGGGUUGUUUCAAUUGAUGACUUGAAAUUCACAAUCAUAUCAUUUCAAAAGGUACUGCUGUUCCUAAAAAUGUUCUUUUUAAGUGCUAUAAACCACCAGCGGUUUUGUUAUGGUCUAUAAAAUGCACCUAUUUUAAAAGCACAAACCUUUGUUUCUGACUCACUGUUAUUUUGAACAUGUCAUUACGAUUGUUUAUUGCUCAAAUUGAUAAUUACUCAGGACAGUCGUGUAAGUCAUUUUCAUUUAUACAUAUUUUGUUAAACUAGCAAUGAUGUCUUUUCCUUAGAAAAAAAGAGGGAAAUAUAAGAGACUACAUUCAAUGCCCUUACCAGCUCUUUUUUGGUGACCCCCAAAAACAUGCAGCAGUCCCACAUAUGUUAUGUAGUUAUUUUUAUUUGUGUAUCAUAUAAAAGUGCAACUUUCGGUUCAGUAUUCUAAAAUUCAGUGCAUUUGAUUAUAUAUAUUUUUAAUUUAAUAAGUAGAAAUUGCCUCUUUUUGAGCGCAUUUAGUCUAUUUAAUUGAUAUUAAGAUUCACUGAUUUAGUUACUCUGGAGGACGGAGCCUUUUUUAUGAUAUACAUUUGUAUACAUCGGUUGUUAGCUCCUUUUAGACACACUGUAUUUACUUUGCUCUUAAACUCAGGUUGACAUAUUUUGUAUUAUUUGAACUCUUUU